UAAAAACAGUUUGAUGAGUAAUGCAUUUAUAAUAUUACAGUUAAAAUGGAACAAUACAUGAUGUAGCAUUGCAUUUAAGAACAUUUGCUGCACUUAAUUAUUUUGUUCUGGUAUUCUCCCAUAAAGACUCGAUCACUGAUAAGUAUGAACAGGAUUUAUUUAAAUAACGACAUGGGAAUAUUUUGCAUAUCUUGCAUGGUCACUGAUCCAGGGUGACGUGCGGACUCGGCGUAUCCUGCCAGGACUAGCAGGGGCGGAGCCUUCCCCUGGACAAGUAGACUGAGGCCGACCUGGUGGUGGUGGGGUGGAUGGAGAACGCUAGCUGCUACGAUAGGGUAAAGCUCGAACAGCGCAGACGACUCUGACCCGAGGGCGAACGUACCAGCUUCGACUGGCCAUCCCUCAGCAACCAUUGCCCUUGGAAGAAACCCCCUAACCCAACCGAGGGAGCCGCAUCCUGAAGCUGGACUGGUAGAGCUGUGAGAGAAAAUACGCUGCGGGGGCUAACGCGGGGACUGCAGUAGCCAUGGUAGCAGGGCACGUGCCAGGUGCGUAGCCUGUGAAGGCGGAGGAAGCCGAGCCUGAUGGUUGCUGGAAGUAGAAAGGCGCCGUGGCGACCGACGACAGCGGGUUGGGGGCCUGGACCCGUCCGGGAGUUCCGCAUGGCGUUUCGACGGAGUCCAUCCUGGCGCCAAUGCUUUGCACCAACUCGGCGAGGGUUUGUGGAACCAGGCGGAUGUCCGUGUUGGGAACUUGUUGGAGGUGUUGUUGAGGAUACCGGGGACCGAAAAGAACGUCUUUCUGCGCUCGCUUGCCGGGACCAGAAGUAGUAGACCGACCAGCACGAAUCCGAAGUUAUGACCUCUUGGUGUGUAUUAACCGACGUAGCAACUAAGCGACGAGAUAUGCGAGAUAAUCAGAAGCACAGUAAAGCAGCAGCAUGCGUCGAACGAAGACCUGAGCAGCAAAGACAUAUGUUAGACUACUCUUUAUAGAGCAGGUGUAGGCAGGUGAUUGGUAGCUGGUGAUUGGUGGCCAGCCGCGCGUGAUUAGAGUCCUCCUGGUAGAACUACCAGCAAGCUUACAUUUGUAACACUUGCAGUGUUGAACCUAUACUUAAGUGCCUUCUUUAAUGGGCUAGUGCCGUUACUAAUGUUCGUGAGUAUGAUGCCAGAGUUAUAGAAUCAAUGGUACUUGGUACAGUUGAUUUAAUUGAGGCUAUGGAUAUUUUCUGAUGAAUGUUAUUUUGGAAUAGUUGAUGAUAUAAUGGAAACCGGGUUAUUACAGUAGUGUUGUUGACAUGAUGCUGCUAAAUAAUUGUGAAUGUAUAUGGAAGAAUGUGAAAUUGAUUAUUGUGAUUGUGUUAUUGCCAUGGUGAAUUUGUUAUAUAAAAAGAUCAAUUCAUGUCAUGAAGAAGAGACACAGCGUCGGCUGAUAAUUAAUUCAUUUAAUGAUAAUUUCAACCCUUUUACAGGGGUGCUACAGUGGCACAUAGAUGGAUAUGACAAAUUGAAGCCGUAUGGGAUAUGCAUCAGUGGUUGCAUUGAUGGGUUCUCGCGAAAGAUGAUCUGGCUAAACACCCACUCAACUAACAGUGACCCACGUCUUAUAGCGGGGUAUUUCAUUGAUUCAGUGAUGCAGCAUGGUCGCCCAUUGAAAGUGAGAUUGGAUCACGGGACGGAGAACACACACAUUGCCGCAAUGCAAAGUUUUAUGCACGGCAGUGAAAGCGGCAUUUCCCCAGACUGUGUCACUCUAGGUCCAAGCACGGGGAACCAACGUAUUGAACGCUGGUGGUGUACGUUGCGGAGUGAGUGUACUCAGUUCUGGAUGGACCAUUUCGACCAGUUAAAGGCUGACGGUCUCUAUGAUGACAGCUUCAUCGACAAGUCAUUAGUCCAAUUUUGCUUCCAGGAGGUGAUACAGGAGGAACUUGAUGAAGUUGCUGCUAUCUGGAAUGACCACCGCAUAAGGGCAUCUCACAAUCCUAGGGCCCCAAGUGGUCGCCCAUCCAUGCUCUAUGCUGUUCCCAACCUCUACGGGGCACAAAACUUUGUUCAGCCAAUUGAUUACACCAGGAUUGACCUUUGUCUGGAGGACUGUUCUUUUAAAGACUAUCCUUGUGAUGAGGAUUUGUAUCACAUUUGCAUUGAACUGAUGACAGAGCACAACUUCCUGAUAUCCAGUGACAUCUAUCAAAUCACUGACCUUUACCUGAAACUUCGACAGUUGGUUCAUGAUGGGCUUAGCGAAUAAAUUAGAGAUGUCCGAUAUUAUCGGCCCACCGAUAUUAUCGGCCCGAUAUUAGCAUAAAAAUGUAAUAUCUGUCAAUAUCGGUAUCGGAUUUUUUUUGCCUUAAAA